AUUUGUAAUCACUAUAUAUAGAUGAAGAAAUGGCAGUUUUGUGUAUCCCAUUUCGAACACAAUUUUAUCAGUUAUAUAUAGAUGAAGAAAUGCAGAGCCCUCUUUAUAAAUUUGUUUUUUGCUUUGUCGUGAUGUAUCUGUUAAUCAUAACAGCUUCUAGUACUACAGCUGAAUCUGAUGGCUCGUCAGGUGAUGCGCCUCCUCCGGCCACCAGUGACGCCGGAGGCGGCGACAUCAGUGUUGGUAGUGAUUCUGACGGUUUGUCAGGUGAUGCGCCUCCUCCGGCCACUAGUGACGCCGGAGGAGGUGGCGACAGUGGUGGUAGUAAUUCUGAUUUUCCGUCAGGUGAUGCGCCUCCCCCCCCGCCGCCGCCCAAUGAAGGAGGAGAUGGUAAUGAGCCACCACCAUCGAAAGAUAUCCCGCUUUGGAAAAUCAUCCCCCAGAAUGCACCGCCUCCACCAAAGUACCCUGACUAUUUCCCACCAAUUUUGCCGUGGUAUCCUCCGCCCACGCCGACGGAUGGUAAUACUAAAAGUGAUGACCCAUCCCAAGUGCCAAAUAUGGAAGGAGGGCAAGGGACACCUUCGACUACUGAUCUGUUUCAUCAGUUCCAUUCAAGCACUACUACUCCCAGUUGCAGCUCGAGAUGGUUAUCUCCGACCACUUCUGUUAAAAAUGCUUGGCCAACCACUUUGUCCCUCGUCAUCUUCGUCAUGGUCGUAUAUUUCUCAGCGCCUUAAAUUAUUUCACAUUGAGUUUUAAAAUUUAUUAUAUUUACUACAAAUUUUGAAAUUUAAUGUGAUGUAUGUUUUUUUG